CAAAUAUCAAUCGUUUAAAAGCCGCUCUCCAUUAAAAAUUGAAGAAAAUUAAUUGAUUUUCCAUUAAAAUAAUUAAAUUUCAUCUCGAAAAAGCAUUUAAAUAGUCAACAAAAAUGACUAUUGGCAAAAACAACAAGAUGGUUCAGCAUUUGAACUAUCGCGUUCGCGUCGUUCUUCAGGACUCCCGAACUUUCAUCGGCACAUUCAAAGCUUUCGACAAACACAUGAACUUAAUUUUGGGCGAUUGCGAGGAAUUUCGCAAAAUUAAAUGCAAGAACACAAAAUUGCCGGAGCGCGAAGAGAAGCGAGUUUUGGGAUUUGUCUUAUUGCGCGGCGAAAAUAUCGUUUCGUUAACAGUUGAAGGUCCUCCGCCGCCAGAAGAAGGAUUACCUCGUGUUCCAAUUCCCGGCGCGGGAGGUCCCGGAUUCGGAAGAGCUGUUGGAAGAGGAAUUCCUGCAGGCAUGGCGGGCAUUCCAGCUGGUUUGCAAGGACCUGUAAGGGGAAUUGGAGGACCUGCGCCUCAAAAUAUGGCGCCAAUGCGAGUGCCGGGCAUGCCGGGAAUGCCUCCGAUGGGUAGAGGACAACCUCCUCCGCAAAUGCCGCCCGGAAUGAGAGGACCAAUGCCGGGUAUGAUGCGUGGACAACCUCCUCCGCGAUAUUAAAUCAACAGAAAUUCUUGACUUUCAUUCAUUUUUUAUUAAAAUUUCAUCAUUUUUCAUCU